AUGUCUCGCCCCUCGGGUGCGAGUUUCGCACAGUUCUUCCCUGCCGCGCCGCGGGCCGCCAGGGACAGAGCAACGGAGCGCGAGAAGGCAAGAAUGAGGGCGCAGGAGUCGCCAUCCUCGCACGUCGCCGAUACAAAUGGACAUCGCACGCCGCUUGGAUCAUCAGCCCCGCGAGCGGACGGAGGGCCCGGUCGCCCUGGUUUCGCGUCGAAAUCCCUUCCGAAUGGCAUGGCUGCUGAUGCACCAUACCCUACCCCUGAACACGGCGAGUCGCCUGUCGGCGACACGCUCAAUACUGUGGGCUCGGCUAGCUCCCACGCCAGCUCGAACUCAUUUGGCUUUAGCUCCUCCACGCGACACAACGCCGUGGCUUCGGUGAGAAACAGCCAUCUUACGCCUCUCACCUCCAUCGACUCUCCCUCUUCGUACCUCCCCCCAUCGGGUCCUACCAAGGCGCAAUCGAGCACCCCGCAACACGGCGACGGACCUGAUGGGGCUGCCCCGAGGCCCAACGGGCUCUCCAAUGAAAAUGCCACUUCCAUGCCUCCCGCCUUCGAACGUGCACCCAUCUGGGACCCAAGCCGCUCGAUUAGAUCCAUCGUGUGCACAUAUGACCCUCUUCUAGAUCAUUCGAUUUCGAGCUCCGACAAGAGGAAGGCAAAACCGGUAUACAAGGAGUUUGGAUUGGACGAUGAAGAUGACGCUCCCCCCUCAGACCCCCGCCUAGCGAAAGGUGGGAGGUUGAACUACAUCAAUGUCGACUUCCAUCUGCCCAGAGCCCGGUUACGCCAUGCGCCAUACAACCUCAAGCCGUAUACGUAUGACCUCAAGACUUCAUGCGGUCCUGGGCCCCCGACCCAGAUUGUCGUGACUGGUUUCAACCCUUUGAUCACCUUCUCAAAGGUCACCACCGUGUUCGCUUCCUUUGGCGACAUCGCAGAGAGUAGCAAUAAGAUGCACCCCGACACCGGGAGUUACCUCGGCUUUGCGACAUUUCGCUACAAGGACUCAAAGCCCAGUCGCGCGCACCCAGUUUCGAUCAGCGCACAAGAUGCCGUGAAGCGUGCGAUGCGGAUAAUGCAUGGGAAGAGAAUUGAGGCGAGCACCGUGCGCGUCGAGUAUGACCCGGAAGGCCGUAAGAGCUCACGUAUGUUAGAGGAGGCGAUAAAACAGGACAGACAGGGGUCGCAAGCGCCUGUCCUCGCGCCCAAGAUCCCCACGGGCCCGAGGUCCAAAGAGAUUAUCCCGGGCCCUCCUCCCAUGGCGCCUAAAGGGCCAGCAGCGCAUCGAGCUCUAUUGCCUCCCGUUGUCCCCGGACUUCUUGGCCCUCCCGGAACCGGCUGGAUGCCGAUAAAACCUCGGGUCCAUCUCCACAGCUACGUCGAGCCAGAACCGGUUUUGAGCCGCAUUAAACGCGAGCCAUACAUUUUCGUGGCCCAGGACCAUGUCCCCGUUAUGCACUCAACGGUUACCCACAUGAAGAAGCGGCUAAAAACCUACGUGAUCGACGACAUACGCGCGGACAAGACUGGCUACUACAUUAUCUUUCACGACUCUACUCAAGGGCGCGACCAAGCGCAGCGGUGUUAUAAUGCUGCCGACGGAACGGCCUUUUUUACGUACACGAUGGUCAUGAGUCUGCAUCUAUACGGGACCGUUGGUAAAGGCGCCCAUGUGCCAGUCGAGGCCCCACGGCAGAGCAUCGUUCCGGAGCGAAGGGCUGCUGUGGUUGAUUUCCGGGAACGAGAUGAGCAAGAAAGGCGUCGACGUGAGGAGGAGGCAGACCUGGAAGAGGAAAAAAAACAGCGAGCCAAGAAUUUCGACCCUGUGUACGAGGCCGUUGAGGUGAUUCGGCGGGAGAUGACCGAGCACCUGAUCAAACACAUCCGAACCAAAGUCGCGGCCCCUCUUGUGUUCGAGUUUCUAGAUCCUGUCAAUCACGCUGCCAAGAGGCGCCGUCUUAACAUCGACGACCCGCACGGCACUAAACUUCCUCCCAUCAUUGUGGAUGACUUCGAAGACAAGUCUCCCGUCAGCACACCGAACUCUAGGGCAGAUCCCAUCGAGCGACGUACAGCACGACUCGAUAUUGCAUCGCUGCCUCGUAUUCGAAAGGUGAAGAAUACCGGACUCAACACACGGAAGCAUGGGUUCAAUGAUCCGUUCGCCCGCCAGCGAGCGCCAACAAAGCCCCACGAGUUCCGAUCCCUGCAUCAUCGCUUGAGAGGUGAUAGUGACGACGAGUCUGAGGACGAGACGGAAAACAGGGAUUCCUUAGCCCGAGAUACUGAAGAACCUGAGUCUCGACCUCGGAGUCGGAUGAGCUCAGAUGACGAUCCCAUCAAGGAGGGCUACGUCUCCUGGGGUGCGGGUGAUGAUGACUCGAUGACAGAGGCCAGCUUCGCGCUCAAUGACGGAGGAUCGUUGCAAAAGAAGAGGAAGCUACAUCUUCCUAUGGGAGCAUCAGUCAAGCGGCAGAAGAAGUCAGAUGAGGAGCUUUUCGGUGUGACAAUUGGGGACAUUAAAACCGUCACCCCAUCAAGAGAGCCUUCUUCGGAGGAUAUUGUUCUUCCUGAUGCCGAGCCUGUCGAGGAGAAAGACACCGAUAGCUCUCGGACGCAUACUCCUGUUCCUACCGACACAAAACCCAAGAAGGCUGUGAAGACGAAAAAGAAGUCAAAGAAGCAGAUCUUCCAGGAGAGAGAGGCUCUCAAACGACAACAACUCGAGAUAUUUGAGAGCGAGGCCCCCCCGGCUAAAGAAGUGCAUGAAAUUCAGCCUACGCCCGACGCAGAGCCUUCACCCAUGCCCGAGCCGGAACCCAAACCCAAACAACCCGAGGUCAAAGAAGCACCUAAGGAGGAGCCUGAUGAUCAACCGGAUCUGGACGAGAAUCUGUAUCCUCGGACUCCGGAGUCAGCUCUUGUGCUUCCACCGAACUUCAGCCUCGAUGUGGCAACUUUGAAGAGUCUGUCGCUGGAAGACCACGACCAUCCAAAUAUCACCAAACUCAAGAAGAAAUUCGGUGACGGGGGGAUAAAGGAGCCGGAGCUUUGGCUGUGGAAACGGGAUCGCAUUCGUGAACUCAACUCUGCCGAUGGAUCAACAGAGAAGCCAGUGGGAAUUGAGGGCUACUAUGUGCCAAAUCCUACUGGCUGUGCUAGGACCGAAGGUGUCAAUAAGAUUCUCAAUUCCGAGAAAUCCAAGUAUCUCCCCCACCACAUCAAGGUCAAGAGAGCAAGGGAGGAGCGCCAGGCGCAUGCCGGGAAGAGCGGGAAGGACAGUGCAGCCGCCGCCGCUGCGGAAGCUGCCAGGCUUGCCGCCGAGAGUCUCGUGGCAAAGGGCAACUCACGAGCCAACCGUGUCAACAAUCGUCGCUUCGUCGCAGAUCUCAAUGAUCAGAGGAAGACGCUCGGCCAGGACUCUGACGUCUUGCGAUUCAAUCAGCUCAAGAAACGGAAGAAGCCAGUCAAGUUCGCUCGUUCGGCCAUCCACAACUGGGGCUUAUACGCUAUGGAGAACAUUCCAAAGGACGACAUGAUCAUCGAGUAUGUCGGCGAGGAAGUCCGGCAGCAGAUUGCGGAGAUUCGCGAGAACCGGUACCUCAAAAGCGGCAUCGGCAGCAGUUAUCUGUUUCGGAUCGACGACAACACGGUCAUUGAUGCGACGAAGAAAGGUGGUAUCGCUCGCUUUAUCAACCAUAGCUGCAUGCCCAACUGCACUGCCAAGAUCAUCAAGGUGGAAGGUAGCAAGCGCAUUGUUAUCUAUGCCCUACGAGAUAUCGCCCAGAACGAGGAGUUGACAUAUGACUACAAAUUCGAGCGCGAGAUCGGCAGCUUGGACCGCAUACCCUGCCUUUGCGGGACGGCAGCAUGCAAAGGAUUCCUCAACUGA